AUGAGAUUUGCAUAAAACAGUUCGAGUGAAUUUGUUUUAGGGAUUGCUUUUUUAGUUUUGGGUAUGAUUUAUACAACAAUUUUUUGUUUUGGGACUAUUAGAUGUUACAAAAUUGGAAAAAAAGCAAAAUACUUGGCAAAUAAUUUUUAUUUAUCUAUAGUAUUUUCUUGUUUAGCCUAUAUGCUGAAUAUGGCUUUUUAUUUAUAUGAUGUACAUAUACACAUAUAAAAUAGAUUUUUCAAUAAAAUUCAGUUGAUGAUUAUAUUUUGGGCAUAGAAAAAUAGGUAUUAAAUACAAUAUACGUUCCUGAUGGAUUAUUUUGGAUAGUUUAUUAAUCAUUAUUUUGGACAGUAAUUUGUUUAUAUUAUGAUUCUCAUUUACAUGUUGGAUAAUUAGAGGAACUUCCAUUUAAUCCAAAUACUUUGAUUCAUAUAAUGAAAGAUAUAUUUUUAGUAUAUGGAAUAGCUUAGUUAAUUGUAGUAUUAUUGUAUAACUUUGAAUAAAUAUAAGCAGAAGUAUUGUUUUAUAUAAAUAUUGUAAUAAAUUUAUCAAUACCUGUUUAAUUUAUCGUAACAUCCUUAUAUUUAUAAUAUAAAUAUUCAGGAUCCCCAUUUAAAUCAUCUAAAUAAGAAAAUAUUUCAAACAGAUUGUAGAAAUUAAUUUUUUAUUGGACAAUAUUGAGAAUAGUUCAGAUAAUAAGCAAUAUUUUAAUAAUGAAAAAUUAGGAUAUGAUUUAGAAGUUUUUUUAAUCAGAACUGAGUCAAAACUAAUUAUUGUUAUACAUUUCAUUACUGUUAAUUGAUCUAUUACUAACAAACAUUUUCCCAUUUAUUUUAGCCUUAAGACAACAGACCUUUUCGAUAUUUUUGAAAAAUAAAAAUAUUUCUAUGAGUAAUGUAUCAGAGCAUCCUAUGUGUUAAUAAUUUUUAGAUAAUGGAAGUUCGGUUAAUGAAAAAAAACAAAUUCAAUUUGAUCAUAAUGAAUUAAUGAAAGAAAAUUCAGUUUAAUAAAUAAAAAGAUAAAAGGCUAACGGUUUUGGUUAUAUUAUAGUUUGUUAAAUUAGAUAAAAGAGUUAUGGGAUGAGAAUAAUAGAAUUUAAACAGUUAUAGUCCUAUUUAAUCGAAUAGAUAAAGUAAGAAAUAGAAUAAGUGAAUCAAUUAAAUAAUGAAUAUCUUUAUUAUAUUUAUGGAUUGAAUAUUAUUGAUAGCAAGGUUGUUUAUUUAAUAAAAUAUUAUUAAUACUCAUUACACAAUUAUUUAUAAUAAUAUUAGAUUUCAAUAGAAUAAAAGAUAGAGAUCUUAGUUUAAAUAUUAUAAGGACUUAGUUACCUUCAUAAACAAGGACUUUGUCAUGGUAGUUUAACAAGUGAAAAUGUUAUGAUAAAAUAAAAUAUUAGAGUAAAAAUAGGUAAUAUAUGAUUUAAUUUGUAGUUGAUUUUGGUCUUUUUGGAAUAAAAAAAUAUUAAUCACUUUUGCAUUAUUAUACAAAUAAAUCAGGUUUUACAGCUCCAGAGUUAAUAAGUUAAAGAGGUUAGAUUGUAAGUGGAUCUUAAGAAGGUGAUAUUUAUAGUGUAGGAAUGAUAAUGUAUGAGAUGUUUGAAAAGAAAGUACCUUUUGAAGGAUUACAAUUAUAACAUAUUUAGGAAUGUCUUAAUAAGGCUGUAAGACCUAAGAUUGAAUCAAAAUCAUUAAUGGAUGAUAUAAUUAGAUGGUGUUGGUAAUAGGAUUUUGAUAAGAGGCCAAAAGUUGAUUAGUUAUUAAAUGUAAUUGAAAAUAUAUAAAUA